GCUGGUGACGUGCAGGUAAAGCGCUCGCGAGCUGUAGUAGACCCGGGGAAGUUGAGGAUGAGUCCGGGGCGCGCGGGACUGCGGAUAUCUCCCCCGGGGACCGGCGCGUGCACCCUGAAGAGAGAGGAGCGGCGCGUGAAUGGAACCGGCCAGCUGUGAAACAUGGUGAAGUGUGCUCCAGCGGGGAGCAGCCUGCUGUGGAGCUCGCUCUCUCUGCUGGUUCUGAUAGGAGCUCUGGUUCAGGGAGCUUCUUUUUACGGGGAUGGUUUUGUCCAGCUGAAAACUGUGGAAACGUCCAGUAAAAACUCCCUACAUGUGCGCUUUCGGACGUCCAGCCCUGACGGACUACUGUUCCUGGCUGCAGGGGACAAUGACUUCCUCUGGGUGGCGCUACACUCUGGACACAUUCAGGUACGGCUUGAACUCGGAUCAGGGGAGCACACCCUCCGCUCAGAAAAAGCGACUCCUUUGAACGACCUGCUCUGGCACACUAUAGAACUUCAGCACGAUGAGCACCACGUCACUCUGGCUGUGGACAAAACCUGCCAUGGCACUCUGCAGAUUCCUGGACCUGACUUGGAGCUCAGUAUCCAGGAAGGUCUCUACGUAGGCGGGCUCGGGAGCUUAGACAAGCUCUACCUCUUUAAAGAAAUGUGCCCUGUAGGCUUCCGAGGCUGCAUGGAUGAGGUUUUCUUUAACGAGCACAACCUUCUCUCAUCCCUGAGGCCUUACUCUGGCUAUAAAAUGGUCCAUGAAGUAUCGCUGGGCUGCAGCCCACAGUUCUCUGCGACUGUGAACGACUCCAUCAGUUUCUUCAGUUCCAAGGCCUACAUGUCUCUGCCUGUGUGGGAGGUUCCACAGGAAGGGGUGUUUGAUUGCGAGCUUUACACCUCAGCUGAAGAAGGGCUGGUUUUGUACAGCUCUGCUGGGCAAGGGGACUACAUAGCCCUUGAGAUGCGAGACAGGCACCUUGUCGCUGUUGUCAGGAUCGGUGGAAGUAAAACAGCCUUGCGCAGCACAGCUGCAGUGAAUGAUGGAAACUGGCACUCGGUACGGCUUUAUCUAGCACCCAAGGCCCUCCACUUAACUGUAGGGGAGGAGACUCUCAACUCCAGCUUGGGGGCAAAGUCUCGGCCCCUCCAGCUAAGCGGACCCCUCUUCUUGGGAGGAGUGGACGUAAGCACUCGUUCAGAAGUUCGAAGGAAUGGCUUGCUUUCUGUUGUAGGGAAGCACAUAGGAGGAGGUUCCUUUAAAGGAUGUCUAAGGAACAUCAAAGUCAAUGACCAAAACAUGGGUCUGCCCAGUGCUGUGGUCACCAAAGACAUAUCUGUCGGUUGUGAACCAUUAAAGAACAUUGAACCAUUGACCACUGUAAGUCCGGAAACACUUGCACCAGACACUUCAGCCACAGAACAUCAGCCUGAAUCUGACAAAAAGAAGUCUCAGACUUUCUUGUUGCUCGAAGACUUGCAGGUCUUGGAAGGUGGACGAGCACCACUCGAGUCAAAGCACAUCAAGGUGAACCUAGAGUUCCGCAAGCUUGGAAUCCGCCAAUCGCAGAUCAUGUUCCGCAUUGAGGAGCAGCCAGUCCAUGGACAGUUGAGGCUUGAUGUUGACUCUGAUCAAGGGGACAAUACCUUCAGUAUGCUGGACCUUUGGCAUGGUAGAGUCAUGUAUGUCCACGGAGGCUCUGAGGACCCCCUGGACUUCUUCAUGUUUUCUGUCUUCACCAGCAGCAAGAAAGAGGUGCCUGGUUUUUUAAAGGGGAAUCGAUUGCACAGAUUCAACAUUACGGUCGAGCCAAGCAAUGAUGCCCCAGAACUGAGCCUCCCUGAAGGCAGCCUCUUUGUUCUUCUGGAGAACUCCAAGCGUCGUCUGACCACAGACUUCCUCAGGGCUACUGAUCCUGACAACAACUCCACAGAACUAGUUUUCACUCUUUUAGGCAACCUUACUGCAGAUGCUGGCUUUCUGGAGCUUGAGGAUAACCCUGGGCAAGCUGUGACCUCUUUUUCCUAUGCAGAUCUGGAACAGGGAAAGGUCAGUUAUGUCCAUACAGGCGUCAGCAACUCUAGGAUGGCUCUCAGGGCAAGCGAUGGGGAAAAAAUAAGCAAUGCGGUGGUGAUAAGGAUCAUGGCGGUCACCCUGGGGCACAAAAUUGUGAACAACACAGGAGGGGAGGUCAUCCAAGGUGGAGCUACACACAUUGGUAACAAGCAUCUAGCUGUCGAAGUCAACGUGGCUACGCAAGCAAUGGAUAUCCGCUAUGAUGUCGUAGAGCCUCCGAUUUAUGGUGAGGUGCAACGGCUUCAUUCUGGUGGUGAAUGGAAGCAGACCAAUACCUUCACGCAGAAGCUUCUAGAAAAAGAACGACUCCGCUACCUCAGCACCUAUCGUGGAAUCCAGUUGAGUAACGUGACUGACAGCUUCAAGUGCAAAGUCACUAUUGGCUCUCUGUCGACAGACGAGGUUGUCUUUGUGAUUAAGGUACGGUGGAUUCAUUACAAAGUCACGAGGAGUAAACUGGAGGUGGACAGCGAUCAUGAAGUCCUACUGACUCCUCAGGAAUUCCGAAUCGUCUCCAAAGGAGUGAAGUUGCCUGAGGAAGACAUUCAAGUCCGCUUACUAACCUUACCAAAAAAAGGCAAUUUGCUGUUCGACGGCGACGAGAUCCUACAAGUCAAUUCCAGUUUUAGCCAGAGGAACAUCACCGAUCACAAAGUACGAUAUAAGCUUUUUGAGAGAGCACAUGAAGACAUGAGGGACAUGUUCAGCUUUGUGGUGUUCUCGGAAUACUCCCACUCUGGAAAGCAUGACUUCAGGAUAAGUAUUAAAGCGGAUGUUAACAGCAUAAUCUUAAGGAAUCUUGGACUUUCAGUCGUGGAAGGGCAAAGUAAGGUCAUAACCAAGGAUGUCCUUUUUUCUGAGACUCUCAGUUCUAGAGAGGUGUACUAUACAAUCACAAGUAGUCCUAAAAAUGGGAAACUAAUGAGAAUAAACCAUUGCAAUUCCACGACCAAUGGAGAUAACGUAGUGGCGUUCACCAAUAGGGACAUCCUGGAGGACUGUAUCUCGUACGUUCACGACGAUAGUGAAUCUACUCACGAUGCCUUCACGUUCCGUGCUUCCAUGUCCCCUGUUAAAGACAAAGCUCCAGCGACAGAGGACACUUUCAACAUCUCCAUUCAGAUGAUCAAUGAUGAGAAACCUGUCAGAGUUGUGGAUAAAGUCUUUCAUGUUGCCAGAGACAGCCAGAAGUUGCUAACCUUGGAGGACCUCUGUUACCACGACCCUGACGUAGACUUCGAUGAUGGGCAACUGCUUUACACCAGGCGAGGAAUCCCGAUGGGUGAGCUAGUCCUGGUCAACGACACUUCCCACAAGCUUUACCAGUUUCGUCAGAGGGAUCUUGCAGAAAAACGAGUGCUCUUUGUCCACAGAGGCGUCAGCUUCGGUCGCUUCGUCCUCUUCAUAUCAGAUGGAAAGCACUAUACCUCAACACUGCUGGAGGUCAGUGCCCAGGACCCUUAUUUGAGGGUAGUCAACAACACUGGCCUACUGGUCCAGAAAGGUAAGGAGGUUAUUUUAAGGCCUGCCAACUUCAGCGUCACCACCAACACUGACAUCAGAAGCGACGAAGAUGUUCUUUUUGAGAUAUUUCACCCCCCAAGUUACGGCACUCUGCUUUGCGUUGGCAUGGAGGGCGAUGCGUUUACCCUGUACGAUGUGAAGACUGGCUGUGUGGCGUAUCAUCACGACAACAGCGUGAACAUGAUGGACUCCUUUAGCUUCACCGCUACAGCGAAUGGGCUGCGACUGGACGUGACGGUUGAAGUGAAGGUGUACCUCGAGAGUCACCAGCGAGCUCCUCAAGUGGCUCACAACAACUCUGUACUGGUGGAGGAAGGAAAACCAGUGAAAAUUCAUAAAAAAGAACUUGAGGUGGUUCACGAGGACAGCUCACCAGCUGAAAUUUACUUUUCUGUGAAAACGUCUCCGUCGCACGGCUUCUUACGACGCUACGCAGAAGGAGAACCUCACUACCAAGGAACCCUGGAGAACCCCAUCGUAUCCUUCUCACAGGACGACAUCAAUACAGGACACAUCCAGUACGUGCAGGUCAAACCAGGACACUCCAACGACUCGUUCUCAUUGGACGUCACCAACGGGAUUCUGACCGUCAGUGACCUUAUUGUCUCCGUGGAGAUCAUACCUUCACAUAUACCAUUAGAAGUAUCAAAUCUGACCUUGAAAGAGGGAUCAUCAAAGGCUUUAACUCAGGACGUCAUCAGGGUCACCAGCAGACACUUCAAAGGACUUCAUUUCCAGUAUCAUGUGAUAGAAGGUCCUCAUCACGGCCAUAUAGAGCAUUCCAGAAUCCCAGGAGUCCCGAUCCCGUCUUUCACCAGGAUGCAGGUGGAGCAUGAGUUUAUAUACUACGUUCAUGACGGCAGCGAGACCACAGUGGAUAAUUUCACACUGGUGGCGAAUGAUACGGAUCUCCGUAAGCAGAGUCUUCCUCAUAUCAUCCACGUGACGGUGAUGCCCGUUAACGACGAGCCUCCGGUUAUAACGGCCAACAGGAUCCUGAGGGUGUGGGUGGACUCCAUCACUGAAAUCUCUACAGAUGAUCUGAGCGCUGAGGACCUGGACUCCUCCCCGGAGAGCCUGGAGUUCAUCAUCACCCCCCCAACCAACGGCCACCUGGCCCUGAAGAGCGCCCCCUCCAGGCCUGUCCUCAACUUCACCCAGGCUCACAUCCUAAACAGCCGGCUGGUGUUCGUACACAGCGGUGCGCUGUCUGGAGGAUUCCACUUUCAGGUGAAUGAUGGAGUAAACUUUGCCCCAAGGCAGAUCUUCAGCAUCACCGCCCGGGCUCUGGUUCUCACCCUGGAGAGGAACCGCGAGCUCAGAGUAUUUCCAGGUUCCUCCAACUUGAUUUCUGUAGAAGACCUUCUGAUCGUCACUAACGACUACGAUGAUAUUCACGGGAAUCGCACCAUCGUCUUCUCCGUCACCACACCACCCAAACUGGGCAGACUGGUCCGGAUCCAGGAGGACAAUUCCACUGAGACGAAGCAAAUUUCCACAUUCACCCAGAGCAUGAUCAAGGCGAACGUGGUUCUGUAUGAACACACUGAACCGGUGGGAUGGGCGGCGACAGAUUCCUUUAUCUUCACUGCAUUUUCUCCUCCAGCUUCUCUCAAACCACAGACCUUCAAAAUCCACAUUUCCUACGACAACACCAGCCCAGAGCACAGAACCGUCCUUCUGGCUAACAGCGGUGCUGUUGUGGCUGAAGGCAGUCGAGUUACGAUAGAUAAGUCAAGACUGGAUGCCUCGAACCUUUUGGGAAAGCUUCCCGAAGAAGAACGCCACUCGUACGAGAUCUGGUACGGUGUCACCACGCCACCGCGCUACGGCACAAUCGUCGUAGGAGAGAGGAACCUAACUCGUGAGAAACCCAACUUCUCCCAGUUCAUCCUCAACAAAUUUGGCAUCACAUACGUCCACGAUGACUCUGAGACAACCUGGGACAACUUCGGAUUUGAUGUGUGGUUGAAUCCCAAAGGGAAACCUACUCAAAGACCAAAAGACGCAGAUCUUUUGGUCUCUGAGACGUUCCACAUCUCGGUGACUCCUGUAAACGACCAGCCUCCCUUUUUCAAGACCCAAGCUCCUGGUCUGAGGGUCAUCAAAGGAGACACGGUAGCUUUGAGACCUGAGAACCUUCUAGUGGAGGACCUGGACACUCCACCCGAGGACAUUCACUAUACUGUAAUCAACAAACCCAACAAUGGCUUCUUGGCCUUGACAGGAAGGCUAAACGAGUCUACGGUCACUUUUACCCAAGCGGAUGUGAACGAAAGAAGAGUUUACUUUGUUCAAGAUGGGCAUCCAACCUCAGGAAUAUUCUACCUAAGCGUAACCGAUGGUUUCCACCAUCCACUCUACAAACUCUUCAACCUCGAAGUCGACAAUGUCACCAUCACUGUGGUGAACAACACUGGGCUAUCUCUUCUGCAAGGGCAGACUACGACCACCCUGACCCUUCAACACUUGGCGGCAGUAACCAACAAGAAAAACAUCACCAUAAAGUAUCACCUUACUUCGCCACCGAGUCACGGUAGGCUCAUGAUCAUGGAAGAGGCAGCUAUAUGCUUUGAUCAUGAAGACCUUCGGUUGGGAAGGGUGUCUUAUCACAUGACUGAUUUGUCCUCAUCUCAGGAUAGCUUUGAGUUGGCUCUUCUUACCUCUGAAAGCAACCUGACCAACCAGGUAGUCAACAUCACGGUCAGGCCGUUGAUCCACCUCGGCGAACAUGUCUGGAUUGCAGAAGGUGUCCCUGUGAAGCUAAGGAAGGAUGUUCUGGAUGCCACAGAGCUUGCUUCCAUCAGCGCCAGCGAUCCAGUCUUCGAAAUUCUCAUCCCUCCAAAAUAUGGAAAGCUAGUCAAAGCAACCUAUGGCUUGGGUGGUUCCUCAAAAUCUGUGGAAUCGUUCUCCUUUACGGACAUCGAACAAGGCAGGGUUGCCAUUGAGGAACACAUCAACUUGACCGUAUCUAGACAUGACAAUGCAACAGCAGUCAGAAGAAACAUAACCGCUAGUGUACUUCAUGACUCGUUUGUGUUCCUCUUAAAGGCAACGAAUGUCCAACCUGCCAGAGGAGAGUUCUCUUUCCUCGUCUUACCGUACGAUCCGAAGACAGGAAAACAUGUCAUCGUAGAACCUCCGAUGCAACCGACCAGACAUCCUUCAAUCAACAGAACCACCAAUCCAGUGUCCCCAAUGAACCAUCCAUCGCACACACAUCCAACCACACGACCACAUCGAAUCCCCGCAAAGACGAGGUCGAGACAUCAUCGCUUUGGGAAUCACACUCGAGUACGGUCCCCGGUAUCUACCGCACCCAAAUCCUCUUUGGGAAAGCAAGACGAGUCCCUGAAGAACACUCCAGUCUGGGUGGAGUCCCUGCCAAGACCUGCCUCCGACCCCCUGCUCAUCAUCCUGCCCUUCCUGGCCUGCUUGCUUCUCAUCGUCAUCCUGGUUGUUCUUAUUCUGGUCUUCAGGCACAGAAGAGAGAAGCGAGCCCAGCCUGCGAUGAUCCCAGAUCUACCGGAAAGCUCUGGAGAGGACAUUCUGCCACACAGCCCUUAUAUGGGUCCAUCUGAAAGAAGCCUAACCGUCCCCUCAGUCGUGGUGACGCCACUAACUCCGAGAUGCCCCAUAAACCCAGUUCUAGAGGCAGUGCACAAUGCUGCAUUAGUGCCAGCUAUUGCACCUACGGACUCUCCACUGCUUCUCUGCACCUGGACUCCCAUGAUGGGUCAUGAUGGGAUUCACCGGGUCCCACCUGGCACGCCAACGCUCAGACACAAUCAGUACUGGGUUUGACACAAGUAUUCUGAGUGAGGGAUGAACCUCCAAUGAUCUCAGAUCUACCGGAAGACUCUGGAGAGCGUCCAACAGAAGCUUAAAGGAGAACUCCAGUGUAAAAUGAACUUUUGUUGUAGUGAAACAUGAUAAAAAGUUCUUAUCUUUAAUGAAUAGCACACCUCCGUUCUCCCACAGCGUUCCGAGAUCCAGAAAUUUUAACAGUUUGUCCAAACACCCUUCAGACUGGGCGACACAGGGCAUAAUUUACCCUGAUAAAUCGCUUUUUCUGCCAUUACGGCCGAAACUGAACUGAAAAUAACAUCUCUGAACGCUGUCGGAGAAUUGAGGUGUGACAUCAAAAGUAAGUACUUUUUAUCAUGUUUUACUACAACAAAAGCCUAUUUUACACUGGUCCCUUCAUUUGUGGUGACCCCACUUACUUUGAGAUGCCCCAUUAACCAUGUUCUAGAGGCAGUGCACAAACAAUGCUGCCUUGGUGUACCUGGUGGACUCCCAUGUUGAGCUGAGAUGGGACUCAACGGAGCCAACCUGGCAACCCAAACCUCAUACCAGAUCAGUACUUUGUUUCAAAUGUUCUGGUUUGCAAACCUAAUUUUGAACCGUUUGCCACGUUUACAACCAACAAAAGUAGGUUCUAGAACCAGUAACUAUUAUUCACAGUCGAAUACUUGGUUCUUCAGUGCGAACCGUGACCAUUUUUGUUCACCGUCGCUUUGUGCAGCGCCCUCUGUUGAUGUUGACGAUUUCCAUUAAAACUGGUGGAAACGUAGGUUUGUUUCCACAGAACUGGUUCAAGAACCAGAGUUCUUUUGGUGGAAAAGAGCCAUGAUGACUCGAGAUGGGACUCACCAGGGUUCUCCAUCCACUCCAACGUUCAGACCGAAUCACAAGCCCUCUGCACUGAAAAAAAUUAUGAAAAAAACUUUUGCAACUUUCUGCAUUUGC